AUGUUGCGCAACGUGCCGCCGGCCGGCUUCCACAUGACCGCGGACCCGAUCGCCAUGCAAGGCCUGCAGCAAAUGCCGUCGGUCGACCUCUUUCGUCACGGGAGCGCCGUUGCUGCCCCGCCCGCCGCCGCAAGCAGACCGGAGAUGCCGGCUUCGCUCAACCAGCAGAGGAUCUUGGCCGAGCUGGCCAGUCGAGGCUUGGCGAUGGGAGGCUCCCACGAGCUAGGUGCUGUCAGAUCCCCCCUCGACGAGGCAAACCUGUAUGCCAGCGCAUCGAGUGAGGGUGAUCGUGCCGAAGCUGCGGCCGAGUCCUCGACGUCGAGGCUCACGAGCACUGCCGGCUGGCCCUCUCUCGCAGAGGCCCAGAAGCAGUUCGCUAGGGCCAAGGUCUCGACGCCGACGGAGCCUCGUACUCCUCAAAAGGGUUCGGAAGAGACUAGUCCUAGGACGGAGGUCGCUCUCUCACCAGCCAAGCAGAGUGAUCUGGUGCGCCAGAUUGCAGAUGGGCGAGGUCAGGAAGCCAGCAUAGUGCUGCAGCAGCAGCUCAAGUCGGGCACCGCAGAUGCAAAGCGUUCCGUCGUCGGACUGGUCAAGUCCUGCAUCCUCGCCCUGUCGCACGAUCGCCACGGCAAUUUCCUGGUCCAGCGCGCUCUCGGCGUGGACGCGGAUCUUGCUUGGAGUCUCAAGGGCCACUUUGUCGAGCUGGCCAUGUCGCAGUUUGGUUGCCACGUCGUUCAGAGGGUCCUGGAUGGCGAGGAGCGCGUCAAGAUGGCCGUGGUUGAGGAGCUGCUGAGCUCGCGGCUGGAGGAGUCACUCACGUCGAGGCACUCGGUUCACGUGUGGCAAAAGGUUCUCGAGAUCGACUGGACGCACGCCAGCUUCCGAUCGACCAUCUUUGCAGUCAUGAACCGACAGAUGAAGGGCAAGUGGGCCAAGACGGCGCGACAGGAGACUGGCAGCAUCAUCUGCCAGAACAUUUUCGAGUCGGCCGACGCAGACGAAAAGAGCGACUGCCUGCAGGAGGUGCUGGCCGAGGCGGAGGAGUGCGCGUCGAACCAGUGGGGCGUCUGGGUUGUCCAGCACAUCAUUGAGCACGGUUCCGACCCGGAGAAGAAAGCGGCACUCGAGGGACUCCUCCGAUCCGCGGUGAAGCUGACGCUCUCGCAGUACGGUCAAAAAGCCAUCAUGAGUGGCCUCAAGUCUGGCGACCGCACGUUUGUCGACAAGUACGUCGAGACCUUGUGCGAGACGCAUCCUUCCGGCUCGUCGGGAACUGGCAGUCGACGUUCGGCUCUGGUCGACGUCGCUCUGGCUCCGCAGGGCCUCCAGAUUGUGACGCAGCUGCUCACGUCGGUUUCGCCCGAGAUGCGCGAGAAAAUCAUCGCCACGGUGCGCAAGAACUCGGUCUUCCUCAAGGGCAGCAAGACGGGCCUCAAGGUCCACCAGCUCUGCGAGCGCGCGCGCGCCUUCUCCGGCUAUUGA